AUGGGAGAUAUUGCCGCUACGUUCUCGAUUCUGAGUGAUGAUUCUGGGGCCACGGACAAAAUUCGGCGAUUUUUACUCUUCGAGGUUGAAACAUAUCAACCAAAAGCAUCUUGUGUUCCGAUGGCAUUGUGCCAGAAGCUCUGGAAAGUUAUUGCUGAGACGGAAGAAUUGCCGCUUGUGGGGGUAUUUUUCAAUUGGUACUUCAUACGGUUGGAGAGUAAGCUUGACUUCAUUCCUGAUAUCGCUCGCUUCGUGCAACGUGUCGGCUGCGAAGGCGUCGUCAAUUUGUUCAUCAACGCCAUCAAGCAACUGGAAGAAGGCAUGUGCCUUGCACUGAAGCUGUCUGAAGUGCUCCCGGAAUACCCUCAGGCACGAGUCACUCUCACAACUUUCGCGCUUCAGGAGGCUCGCAUCACCAUUGAAUCCUCUGAUCGAUGUAUUUCGGAAGAAGUGGGAUUGCUCUGGAAAGGGGCCAUGGACUGCAAUAUCGAGAAAGUCUGCACCGAUCUACUCAAGGUCGUGGCCCAAGUUGAGGGCUCCUUGCUGAGUCCGUACGUGAACCAGUUUUCAAAACUCAUCAAUUCCUCCAGCUUACCGGAACAUCGCGCAGCAUUCACUAGCGUCGUGGAUCGACGCCGUCAGUGGUUGAGAGAACAAGUUUCGCGAGGAGUGACACCACACUGGGAAAUCUCCCACGAACAUUUUCCGGAUGCUGCUAACAUAUCAACGUUCCUUCAGGGGCCCCUGGUUUCUUUAGUAAUCGAGGGCUUUAACAGCAUCGGAGCCGCGCGUACUCGAGCUGCUUUGCUACGAAUGCGUAUUGAGGGUCCUUUGGACGUAUCUGCAAGGAAGAGGGGAGCUGAAGCGUAG